UUAUGGCACCGUGGAUUUCUGCGUGAACUGAACUAAUUUCUGAGCGAUUUGACAAACCCUCGGGUUUUGGACGCAUUUAACGACUUCCUAUUAAAAUUUUCCGCUUGAAUAUUACAGAUACAACAUGGCGCAUAAGACCAUGAAGCUGAAUCUGACUCUGAAGGAGCUGAGUCUGUCCUGUCCGUCCGAGGAUGUACCCGGGAACUCGUCCACUUUGGAGCUGCGGGACAAAAAACUGGUGUGCGUGGAGUAUCCCGCGGUGGUCACCAGCGUGGACAGGAUGAUGGAGACACUGGGAGGCGAACAGGCCGUGUCUAAAACCUAUGCUCAUCCAAACAGGCGCCUGGAGCUGAGAUUCCGACCUCAAGACCCUUUUUGUCACUGUCUUUGUGCAAACCGCCUCUCGUCCAGUAACCUCCUCCUCAAAGUGCGACGACGGACGCGAAAAAAGGACCCAAAGGACGCUCAGAUACACAUGGAAAUAGUUGGUGUCAUAGGAACGACGUAUAAAUUUCAAGGGAUGGCAGACUUCCAGUGCCUUGCUGUACACUCAGAGAACGGGAAAGACACAUCUUUGUAUGACCAAAUCAUCCUCAGAAAACCAGAGAGUCGGGACUUUUUCCAGAAGCCUGUGCCUUACUUUCUCCCUCCAGCCAUUUUCUCUCGCCUCGACAGCCCUGUGGAUUAUUAUUACCGACCUGACGGCAAUCAGAAGGCCAUGAGCCAGUUACAUUCAAGCAGCAGCAGCACUAGUAUUGGUUUGAACCGUGCCCGGCGAUUUAACAACGCCAUUUUUGUCAGCUUCACUGAUCCCACUGUUCCCAGCGAGCCUCUGGAGGCAGCCAAGGCCAACUGGGAACGGGCCUGUGUGAAGGACAGUGACAAACAGAGGGAGGAAGACAUGAGGAAGAUGUUUGAGAGCCGGCCCAUCUGGUCACGGAACGCUGUCAAGGCCAACAUUGACAUCCACCCUGAUAAACUGAAGCUGCUGCUCCCUGUAUUCGCCUACUACAUGGUGACAGGGCCAUGGAGGAGUCUGUGGGUGAGGCUGGGUUAUGACCCCCGAAAGACUGCUGAAGCAAAAACAUACCAGCUACUGGACUUCAGGAUCCGGUGCAGCACCAAGCAUGGGUAUUCAUUCGGUGACGUGCCAGUGAAAGCCAAGAGGAGUGCCCUGAACUACAGUCUGUCCAUUACAGUCAACAAAGCAGGUCCACAGCCAGCCAGUUUGAUGGAUCUUCCAGCUCAGGAGGGUCCGAGCACCAGCCAGGAGUCAACCUCUACAAGAUACCAGCUGAAGGAGUCGUCGUACAUCUUCAGAGAGGGGAUGCUGCCUCCACACAGACAGAUGUUCUACCAGCUCUGUGAUCUGCACGUGGACAGUAUCCAAAAGGUGAUCGAUGAGAAUAAAGGUAAGGAGCAGAUGUGUGAUGAGCGAGACGGCUGGUGUUCUAUCGGCACCAAGGACAAACUGAGAGACAUCAUCUCCUCUAUGAUCAUGAAGAUCGUCCGAGCCCAGAAACCAUCAUUACCAGAACAGCAGAAGAAACGCAGACGCCGCAGUCUGAGAGCAAGCAUCCCGAAUAGAGAGGAAGACGAGGAAGAGGAUGAGGAUGACGAGAACGAGGAAGACGAUGAGUUUCAGCCAUCAGAAGGAAGUGAAAAUGAGAUGGAAACAGAGAUGCUGGACUAUAUGUGACCACACAUCUCCACUGAGUUUUGUUAAAAAUGUAAUGCGUGACUUUUCUAAAAUAAAAGUAAACCUUUGCACAAGA